AUGCAUAAGAAAAAAAUUGAAGUUCAGAUCGGAAAAGAUAGCAGCGGUGUCUCUUCCGAUUUCAACCCCAUCCCAACGAUAUCUUGUUCCAUUUCUGAUCAUCCAUCUCCAUCAUCUUCGUUGUUCUUAGUGUUGCCAUCAACAUCACCUGAUGAUAACAGUAAUAAUUACAAUUUUGCAACCACCGUGAGAGAUGUUAACCCUAAUCAUCAGCAUGAAAUCGUAAUUGAUGAUGUCGAUCUUCAUCCAAACCCUAAAUCAACACCACAUAAAAGACCUAUUUUCCCCCAAACCACAACGAUUACACAAUCACAGGCUUACCCCUUUUCGCCGGAAACCCAUUUCUCUAAGAGGUUUUGCGGCACGAAAGCAGUUGCGAUUCACCUCCUCCACCGUCUCCGCCACCUCCGCCGCCUUCAAACCCACAUCCGUUUAAUCCUUUUAUUAUCUCUCCCCUUCUUCUACUUCUUAGUUUCUCACCCGAGCCAAUCAUUCGUACUUGAUUUCCUAUCGGCUUUAGCUUUCUCUACUGCCCUAUUAUUCUCCCUCAACCUUGGCCUCCCUCAACUCCCUUCCAUUCGAACUUUGCUGACUAGAUCCUUCCCAAUCAAUCUGUAUUCAUCUACCCAUUCUUCCAAACCUCCAUUGCCGGUGUUUUGGUCAAUCGGGUCGAAGCCAAAAGGCAACAGAAGGGUGAAUUCAGGGUGUUGGGUGCAAGCAUACAGUAAUGGAGAUGUGUAUGAAGGGGAGUUUCAUAAGGGUAAGUGUUCUGGUUGUGGUGUUUAUUACUAUUACAUGAGUGGGAGGUAUGAGGGUGAUUGGGUGAAUGGAAUGUAUGAUGGUUAUGGGGUAGAAACAUGGGUGAAGGGGAGUCGGUAUAGGGGACAAUACAGGCAAGGGCUAAGGCAUGGGUUUGGUGUGUAUAGGUUCUAUACUGGAGAUGUUUAUGCUGGUGAAUGGUCAAAUGGUCGUAGCCAUGGAUGUGGAGUUCAUACUUGUGAAGAUGGUAGCCGGUAUGCAGGCGAACUCAAAUGGGGUGUUAAACAUGGUCUUGGUUGCUACCAUUUCAGAAAUAGGGAUACAUAUGCUGGAGAAUAUUUUGCAGACAAAAUGCACGGGUUUGGAGUAUAUAGUUUUGCAAAUGGACAUAGAUACGAAGGAUCUUGGCAUGAAGGAAGAAGGCAAGGAUUCGGAGUGUACACAUUCAGGAAUGGCGAAACUCAAUCUGGGCACUGGCAGAAUGGCGUUCUUGAUGUUCCAAGCUCGAAGAAUGCAAUGUGUGUUAUUGAUCACCAUCGAUCCAAAGUGCUCAACGCGGUUCAGGAAGCACGGCGAGCAGCAGAGAAAGCGUAUGAUGCAGCAGGAAAAAUGGAAGAACGAGUGAACAAUGUGGUGACAUCCGCCAAUCGGGCAGCCAAUGCCGCUAGAGUAGCCGCCAUAAAAGCGGUACAAAAGCAAAUGCAUCAAAGGCGUAACAGCGACGAGCUUCCCAUCCCUAUGGUGCAAAACCUUCAUCACCUGCCCACUCAAUUGACCGUUUGACCCGUUCGGUUCUUCGGGUUUUGUUGUUUAUGGAUUCAUUCAUGUAUGGGUAUUAUAUGUACAAUUAGGUAGAUUAGUGCUAGCGCCUUGGUGAAAGUUUAAGACCUAGCUAGCUAGCCUUGUAUGUAUGUAAAAAGGGUAAGACGAGACAGCCACUGCAUUGGUCCCACAGACAAGUAAAUCAAACUCAGGACCCCCUUGUAUCUAUUACUUGCUUCCUUCUUUUUAGUUGAAACCAUUGUUACCCAAAUACUAUACUUUAUUUAAUAUAUCAUUGCACUAAAAUGUCUUUAUUAAGAUGGUCAUCGUGGCUUACAAAAAAGGGUUUGAUCCCUUUCUCUAACAACAGUUAAAAUUCCGUUGAAUGAGAUUUACCCAAUCAAAAUUGAUUUUAAAUU